AUGAGCGCCCAACAGACUCGCCGCGCGCGGGCGUCGAGUGACAGAGCGCAGGUAAUGCCCCCCGGGGUACCGCAGCGCCCCAGCAUGGGAAGUCGCACCUCGUCUGCACCAGAAGGUAGUCUAUACAAAUUGGAUGGAGGACGGAGACCGAGCUCUGCGGCAAAAGUCGGACAUACUUUGUUGGAGGAGGAUGAGGGAUCUUCGAGUACGAGUCAUGAGACGCCGAAGCGUUCGCGGUCUCGACACCGUAGUGAUGAGUCCUUUUGCGUGCAGGAACACUCCAAAUCCAAUCUACCGGAAGUGACCAUUGCCGUGGUUGGAGAAGAUAAUGCAGGCAAGACAAGCUUCAUCAAGUCCGCAUUGGACAUGAAGAGUACCCCCUCAUCCGUGUCCACGAAGAAAAAGAUGUCUUUGGACGGAUCGGUUUAUAUUGUGCGGUUGUUGGAGAUUGACUUGAAACAAGUCACUUUCGACCAGGACCUAAAUAUCGUCUGGCCUGGGGUGGGCAAGGGUUUGGCCGCCCCGACCGUCGAUGGAGUCUUGCUUUUGUAUGAUGCGACUCAACCAGAGAGGCUGGAAAAGACCGUUGAACUUGCAGGUAUGUGCCUUCAGCUCCGUUUAUGCUUCCGCAGCCUCUCCAUUCUCGACCGUGGUGGCCAUUCGCUUUUGCUUAAGAGUUGUCGUCGAUUGUUGGCCCCUACGAUACCCUAUCGUGUGUUGCCUGGUUGCUUACCCAAGGAUCCAAAUCUAGAUGCCCUGGGUGACACCACAGUCCCAUGUGUGCUGGUUGCCUGCAAAUGCGACCAGCUCCCCGAGGAUGGUGAGCUUGUUCCGAUCCAUGAGCGACAUGACAUCUACCGUACUUCGCCCGAGUCACCACGGUCCCAGCAGAUGUGCAUCGCACUCGUGCUGCGGUCGGUGAUCCGCCAUCGAACAGACCUGGCCGCUUCUGACCGUACUAAUACUAAUCCUCCUCCUCUUCCCCCGUCGGCUCAACCUCAACAUCCCCCGGCCGCCCCUCCCCCGCCGCAGACGACUACCAAAUCUUUUCAGCCCAACCCUUCUCCUCCCGAUUGGCACCAUACCCGCGCCAAUUCAGAAACUCCAUCUGUCUUCCUCUCUGGAGCCGCUGGCGGCUCAGCAACUUCGGUCUCGGAUCGAACUGUCGAUAGCAACGGCUCUCACCGUCUGCCCACCGACAAGGUCCAUCCAUCCAACCUGGCGCAACAGCAUGCUUCAAGUUCGCCUCGAAAUGCCAGGAGUAAUUCCCACCCGGUCCGACCGCAAACUCCGCCAACUGGCGCGCGGUUGAAUCCACGCCGACCGUCCGCUCAGGGAGAUAUUUCUCCUACCCAAGAACACAUUCGCCAGCGAUUGCAGCCUUCCUGGCGACACAGUGGAGGCUCAGACGCCUUCAACAGCUUUUUGAACAUGGACGACGAGGUGGAGGACGGGGCACAGCCAGCAAGCCCCGGCGCCAUUUUGCGCCCGAAGCCGAGCAGCGAGAGCAAUUCCAGCGCAGAGUUUGGAUUAAGCUUUGACGAACUUGUCGAUCGCCUGGUCGCUUUGCCCAUGUCCAAGCAAGACACGAAAUUCAGCGCCAUAUUCCUCUGCCUCUAUCGGAAAUUCGCCGCCCCGGCUACCCUGCUCAAUGCAUUGGUCAGUCGAUUUGAGAAAAAUGAAACCAGCAACGCCGACCAGCUCGCCCGCAUGGCAGAUCAAUUGCGCCUUCUAAAUGUGAUCGCCUCAUGGGCCUCUGAAUACCCCGGCGAUUUUGCCAACCCCAAAACUAAAAAACGCAUCAACGAGUUUGUUACAACCCUUGAAAAAAGCCAUUUCUACAUGUUCGCCGCGAAGGAGAUUGGAUCAUUUCUCGAGACCAAUGUCGAGGACGAUGAUAUAGGAUGGGCCUUUGGGGAUGGUGAUGUUGACGAAUCAACCCUUACCGAGACCUUCUUUGACAACUCCGGUCGGAGCUCUCCUGUUCCCUUCAUGACUAGUACAUACGACGAUGACGAAGAUGACGACGUGGAGGAAGAUCCCAUCUAUAGCAGCAUGACCGCUUUGGACCUGAGCGAGGGGCCGCACGAUUCGACAUCACGCCUCUCUGGAACCCUUUCUAUUUCCUCCAACACGGACAAACCUUCCAGCACUAUGAAUCAGUCCUUCACCCUCUUGACUGUAGAGGCUGCUCAAAAGGAAGCUCUGCGCCUCGAAAUGACUGGUCGGAGCUCGCUCAGCAAGAUCCAAUGGCGGCAUUUCAUGGAGACGCCCGAUGAAGAAUUCGCUCGGGAAUUGACGCGUAUUGACUGGAUCAUGUACAAUUCGUUCCGUCCUCGCGAUCUCGUGCGUCACGUCAGUAUCUCUGGCGUGGACAAAGACAAGAUCAAAAGCUUGCAGAACGUCAACCGGAUGAUCAAGCAAUUCAACCACGUGGCUUUCUUCGUGGCGAGUAUGAUUCUCCUUCGCGAUAAACCCAAGCACCGAGCCAGGUGCCUGGAGAAGUUUAUGAGCAUUGCAGUGAAACUACGUCGUCAAAAUAAUUACAAUGCCCUCGGCGCCGUGAUCGCAGCCAUCAAUGGCACCCCUGUUCACCGACUCACCCAGACCAGGGAAUUGAUCCCAGUCGCUAGCCAAAAGGAGUUUAUGCGACUGGUCAUUCUCAUGAGUACAUCACGCAGUCACUCCGCCUACCGGCUAGCGUGGGACAACUCUUUCUCCGAGCGUAUCCCCUUCCUCCCUCUACACCGCCGAGACUUGGUCUCCGCGGAGGAAGGUAAUAAAACCUUCGUGGGUGAAAACAAAUCUCGAAUCAAUUGGAAGAAAUUCGAGGUGAUGGGAGAAGUGGUCAUCGGCAUCCAGAGGAGCCAGAAGAGCCCUCACCCUCAAGCUCAAAAAUACGAUGAUAUCGAGCGAUUGAUUCUGGAUUCCAAACUGUCCGGCGACGAAGAGGAUCUGUAUGCUCGCAGCUUGCAAGUUGAACCAUCGACUGGGAGCGAAACUGGGCGCAGAAACUCGCUCUACCUACCGCGCUCUUCUCCGCGAACUCCCUCGCGCAAACCGCUCCACCCCCUCCCCCUCCACCAACGCCUCCGCACCGUCUUCCGCUCCCAAGAACAAACACCCUCCACACCAUCCGCGCCCACACCAUCACACACAUCCUCCAUCGCCUCUUCCACGCAACCAGCUCCCUUUUCGAUUCCUUCUGACCCCGAGCAACGGGCCCUCCGCAUCCAGGAGGCGGAGCAGUUGGCGCAGUAUGCGAAGGCGCAGCGCAUGUAUACGGAGUUGCUCGAGCGGUAUAACCCUGGCAUGAAUUUGGAUGAGGAGGAGCGGAUUCGGUUGACGGCGCGCCGGGUUGGGUUUGAUUUGCCAGAGUUGCAUAACCCUGAGGAAGGGGAGAAUCAGAAGGAGUGA